AUGGACACGUGUAUGGCUGCCUUUGAACUUCGACGCCCUGUGGGACCGCCUGACCUGGAUGUGACGUGCGCCCUCUACAACCAGGUGGAUGAGGAGCUGCACCGCCUGGUCCAGAUUUCGAACCGCCGGCAAAAGGACCUGGAGAAGCUUUCCCACUUCUGGCGCUUCGAGGACCAGUAUCGCCAGGUGAGCGAGUGGCUCGGAGACGUGGGAGAGCCCUGGCUGGGCAAAUGUGAGACGGUUGGCGACUCCCUCACGUCGCUCCAGAGGAAACACAGAGAGCUCCAGGACUUGAACCACGCGGCGCUGGGAUACUGCCAGAGGGCGGAGGCGCUCCUCGGGGAUGUGGUGCACUGGGAGUCAGGCGCAUCCCCACAGCUGCAGUCUUUUGCUGACAAACUGCACAGCUACAGGAACCAGCUGGCAGACUUCACGCGGAGAGCAGAGCAAUGCCGGCUGUCCAUCGACAGGGCGAUCAGGCAGCAGAACGCAGAGGACAGCGGGACACCUGACAGCAGCCAUACCCCAGCAACCGGGACCCGCCAGGAAGAGGGCAGGCCUCACCCGCAGACUGCCGGGCCCCGGCUCGGGGAGACGCACCGAAGCACCGACCAGGAGGGGGAGCCAGGCAUCGGGAGGGCCCCCCCGGGCUGGGCCGAGCCUCCCCUGCCGGCCCACUCCUCCUCCACCCCUGACGUGCGCCAGUGGAGCCCCCUGGCUUGGGGCUCCCCACUGCUGCCCGCCACCCCUCCGUCCCGCUGCCCGCUGAAGAAGACCCGCAGCUUCGACCGGGCGCGGCAGCCCUCGGCCCACACUCCGGCCGCGGGCGGAGGAGCCUUCGGCCAGCGGGCCCUGAGCGAGCCGGGAGACGGGCGGAGCGCCAGCCAGGGAGGAGCUGGGGUCCUGAUCCGGGGGCUGGAGGUCAGCAGCACCGAGCUGGCAGACCGGACUUGCUCACCCAAGGAACACGUGAUGCUGGGCAGGCCCCGAGCCGUCCAGGCCGACUCCCCCUGGGGGUGCUCUCCACCGCUCGAACAGCCGGCCAAGUACAGUAAAGCACGCUGGGUCUUGGCGGAGGCCCUCGCCGCGGAGCAGGAUUAUGUCCGCUGCCUGGAGCACGUGGUGGGGAGCUACAGCCCGGAGAUGGAGCGGCCCGACGUGCCCCAGGAGCUGCGCGGCAAGAGGGCCGUGGUGUUCGGGAACUUGGACAAGCUACUGGCCUUCCACCAGCAACUGCUGCUGCCCCAGCUCUGGGCCUGCCUGGCACAGCCGCUGGGCAUCGGGGAAUGCUUCCUGAGGCAUAAAGAGCACUUUACCAUGUACGCGCUAUACGUAAGGAACAAGCCUCAGUGCGACGCGCUCCUGGCCAGACAUGGUGGCGCCUUCUUCAAGAGGAGGCAGCUGUGCCUGGGUGACGCGAUGGAGCUGGGCUCAUACCUGCAGAUGCCCAUCCAGAGGAUGAUGAGGUAUAUCGUCCUGCUGCAGGAGCUGAUGGCGGAGUGCAGCACCAAGAAUGCCCAGGAUUUACGGAGCCUGCGUGCCGCCUUGGAGAUGGUCCAGUUCCAGCUACGUCACGGCGACAACCUUGUCGCCAUGGACGCCAUCAGGGAGUGUGACGUGAACCUGAAGGAGCAGGGCCAGUUACUGCGCCGCGACCAAUUCACGGUGUGGUGUGGGCGCCGCAAGUCCGUGCGCCAGGUCUUCCUCUUCGAGCAGCUGAUCGUCUUCACCAAAUUGAAGCGGGCCGAUGGUGGGCCGGAGACCUACGUCUGCAAGUCCUCGCUGAAGACAGCGGACGUGGGGCUGACGGAGAACAUCGGGGAGAGCGGGCUGCGGUUCGAGGUUCGGUACCGGCGCCGUCGCUCGAACGAGACUUACGUCUUCCAAGCCGAGACGGCCGACGUCAAGCAGGCGUGGACAAGAGACAUCACUCAGAUCCUGUGGAGGCAAGCCUCGCGGAAUAAAGAGCUGCGGCUGCAGGAGAUGCUGUUGAUGGGGAUGGGAAGCAGGCUCGGCUUGGACUGCCUGGGCACGGUUGACGCCGUGCGAUGGCCACCCGCGGACUGUGCCCCCACCGAGAAAGGACUCCGUGGCCUGUCGGCAAGCUGGACCAACACCCCCCGGGACCAGGAGCCAGAGGUGCACCUGCCGGUGGGCAAGCUGUACGGGGGUCGUUUCACGGUGACCCAGAUCCCGGGGGACGGCGUGGGGCCCGAGCUGAUGGGGCACGUGGAGCGGGUGCUGUCGGUGGCCCGGGCGCCAGUGGAGUUCGAGGUGGCGCGGGUGGACAGCGGCUCGCCGGAGCGGCGGGGGAUCCGGGCCGCCAUCCAGGCUGUGAGCCGCAACGGCGUGGCGCUGAAGGGCAACUUCGAGACGGCGGUGGGCGGGUCGACGCGCCACCGGCGCUCGCUCAACGUGCUCUUCCGCAACGAGCUGGGCCUCUUCGUCAGCGUCAACCGUUACCGGAGCCUGGAGGGGGUGAGCUCGGCGGCGGCGGCGCGCACCGGCCGGCCGCGGGCGCCGGAUAUGGACGUGGUGGUGAUCCGCGAGACCACCGAAGGGGAGUACGCCCACCUGGAGCACGAGAGCGUGCCGGGGGUGGUGGAGAGCCUGAAGAUCAUCACGCGGCGACGCUCGCUGCGCCUGGCGGAGUUUGCCUUCAGCUAUGCCCGCCGGUGCCAGCGCAGGAGGCUCACGGCAGUGCACAAAGCCAACAUCAUGAAGCUGGCAGACGGCCUGUUCCUGGAAUGUUGCCGCCAGGUGUCGGAGGGCUACCCCGAGGUGGAGUUUGACGCGGUGAUCGUGGACAACGCCACCAUGCAGCUGGUGAGCCAGCCGGGCCAGUUUGAUGUCCUGGUGAUGCCCAACCUCUACGGGGUGGUCAUCAACAACAUCUGCGCCGGCCUAGUGGGCGGCCCGGGCCUGGUGCCAGGGGCCAGCUACGGCCGGCGAUGCGCCGUCUUCCAGACCGCCAUCCGCAACACGGCGCCACGCCUGGCCGGCCGCGACACCGCCAACCCCGCCGCCAUGCUGCUCGCCUCCUGCCUGAUGCUCGACCACCUGCGGCUGGGAGACCACGCCCGGCUGGUCCGCCGCGCCGUGCUGCGCACCCUCACCGCCGACCGGGUCCGCACGCCCGACAUCGCCGGCGGCCGAGCGACCUCCACCGGGUUCGUGGACCACGUGGUGCACCUCAUCGAGGAAGACGUGCCCUCCAGGAGCGACUGA